AUGGUUUUACAAUCAAUCAUAGGUCAACAUUAUAUAUCUGUACAGGAUAUACGCAAAUGUGGCCAAUCUCAACCCUCAAAACCCAUUGUCCAUGAGUUGUGUUUGGAACAUGUUUGGACCGAAAAUACCUAUGGCAACAAUCGUGAUUUCUGUAAAAUAUCCUCAAAGGACUUUAUACACACUGAUUUAGUCGGUCAAACGUUUCUUUGCUAUCUUUUGCCACGUCCAUGUAAAUUACAAAUGGUUCGCUUGAAUAAUUUCGAAAAUAAAGAUUUACAAAUAUCUACUACAUCCAUGACGGUAGUGGGUGAUCUAAAGUCCAUAUACACAAUACUCUCAGCAACAAUCCUCCAACUUCAAAAAUUACUAUAAAUGUUACUGCCGCAACACAAAAUAUAUCUCCAAAUACUUCAUUUUCUCGUCGCAUUAGUCUCUUGCCUUCAGAACAAAAACCAUCUCCUACUACAUUAAGAGACACAAGUGGUCCGCUUUGAAAUCAAGAAAGAUCUUCUAUGGACCCAAGAAAGAUUAAACUAAAUUACGUAUAAAAUAUAAAU